UCAUGUGCCUAAGCCCUAUAAAAGGCACACUAGAAGCUCCUAACUGCACAUUCGCUCCUACAUCCUUCCAACCUCUUCUAUCAAGCCACCCCAAAUUUACCCUCCAAAAUGUACAAACUGAUCGUAUUCGCCGCCCUCCUGGCCGUCGCGGCUGCAGCCCCCGGCCUGCUCGGAGCCCCCUACGCAGCCCCCUUAGCAUCCCCAUGGGGUGCGGGCUACGUUGGUGCCCCAUUAGUUAGCGCUGGCGUCGUCAAGACCGUCGCCCCAGUUGCCACUUCUUACGCUAACACUGUCAGGAUUGCUUCUCCAGCUGUUGUCGCUGCUCACGCCCCCUUGGUAGCUGCCCACGCCCCCAUCGUCGCUUCCCCCUAUGCCCACGCCUGGUAUGCGAAUCAUAUAAAUACACUCAGUGGUGAGAAGAAAGCAUCAGUUAAUCUCGUUCUCUCGAUCAGAUCUGAACUAACACAGACCACGAUGAACUCGCUGGUGGUGUUGUUGUCUAUACUGGCGUGCGCCGUUGCCAAGCCCUCGGGACUCUUGAACGCUGGAGUCAUCUCGUAUGCAGCACCAGCUAUCGCCAGCCUGCCCGCGGCGGUCUCUCAGCAGUCCCGCGUCGACAUCAAGUCAUCUCCAGCGGUGAUUUCGACUGCUGCAGUAGCACCCAUCGCUCGCACCAUCAUCGCUGAGCCUGCUGUCAUUGCUCCGCCCGUCGUGGCCGCCCCCGCCGCCGCCGUGUCUUCUCAAUCCCGCAUUGACAUCAAGUCAUCUCCCGCCGUCUUCAGUUCCUACGCUGCCGCCGCUCCAUUGGCCUACAGCACACCUAUUGCCGCACCAGCCCUGAUCAAGACCGCGAUUGCUCCCGCAUUCGCCGCGCCCGCGUUUGCUGCCCGUGCUGGUUUCUUAGCUCCAUCUCUCGUUGCCCCCGGAGUCCCUCUUGAUACACCUGAAGUUAUCGCUGCCCGUGCUGCCCACUUUGAAGCUAAGGCCCUGGCCGGUGCGCACCUCAUCCAUAAACGCUCUGCUCCCUUGAUCGGCGCCCCCGUGCUCUCUACUUACAGCGCCCCACUAGUGUCUACCUAUAGUGCUGCUCCAGUAGUUUCAACGUAUGCCGCAUCUCCCCUGAUUUCCGCAUACUCUGCACCUCUGGCCUACUCGACUUCUUGAUCACCAAGACAUACAGUGUACACCCCUGGUAAACGCCAUAUAGUAAUGGGGAACAUUCCCCGGUUUAAAUUUGACGACUGAUUGUAAAUAAAUAGAAAAUUUAUACAUUGA